AUGCCUACUGCCGUGAAACCUCCAACGGAUAUUCCCUCCCUGUCCGCAAAACUUCUCUCGCCGCGACGAAGACAGACUCAACCAGAAAGCACCGAAGUGCCACCAACGCCAGCGCUCUCAUCAACUCCAGACCUCAGCAAUCAACACUAUUCCACACCGACGCGACGAAUCCUGUCUGAAACAGACCAUCAGCUGUUCCUCACUUCAGAAACCCACAACCUCAUCGUCAGCUUUGUUUUUCAUCUCUCCGACUCAGUCCGCGACACGACCAUUUCUGCCGUCCGUGACUCUUCAGCAGCUCAAGACCCGGCCAUCCUUGCCCUUUUCGCCGUGCUCGAUGAUGCCGAAAGGAUUUUGAAGGAAUGUCCUGCGUUGGACACUGGAUCUCGCUUUGGCAACCCGGCGUUUCGAGAUUUCCUUUCCAAAAUCAACACCACUCUCCCAUCAUGGCACUCCAAAUUCGGUGUCCUCUCACAACCCGCCGUGGAUGAGAUUUCCACCUACCUCGCCUCCGCUUUUGGUAAUGGCUCGCGGAUUGAUUACGGAUCUGGACAUGAGCUCAACUUUCUCCUUUGGCUCCUCUGUCUCCGUCAAGCUGGCUUCCUCCCCGCCAGCACAUUCCCCGCACUAGCCCUUUUGGUGUUUCCUCGCUACCUCACUCUCAUGCGAUCCGUGCAGGAAACAUACUAUCUCGAGCCCGCUGGUUCCCACGGUGUGUGGGGUCUAGACGACUAUCAAUUCCUUCCCUUUCUCUUCGGCGCCAGCCAAUUGGUGGGACACAAACACAUCCGACCAAUGAGCAUUCACAAUGAAUUGAUCAUCGAGGAGUGCUCCAAGGAUUACCUCUACCUCGAUCAGAUCCGCUGGGUCAACGCAACCAAGACGGUACAGGGUCUUCGCUGGCAUUCCCCCAUGCUAGACGACAUCUCCUCGGCGAAGAAUUGGGGAAAGGUUGAAGCCGGGAUGCGGAAGAUGUUCCUCAAAGAAGUCCUGGGCAAGUUGCCCGUCGCGCAGCACUUUAUGUUUGGAUCACUCCUGCCGCCUGCGGAAGGAAUGAGCGGUGGGGAGGAAGGUGAGGCGGUGGGCGAGGCCGAGCUAGUAGAUGCGGAUGGAAUGAGACACGUGCAUAAUCCUACCAGUUGGGGUGACUGCUGUGGCAUCAAGGUCCCAAGUGCGGUUGGUGCGCGGAGAGAGGCAGGAAAGAGGGGAGAGGGUGAAGGUUUGAGGAGGGUUCCAUUCGAUUAG